AUGGUCUCUUUCUUCAGAGGCAGCCUGUUCCUGAUGCUGAGUGGGCUGUAUGGCAUACUGCUGGUGGUACUAGGAUCGGUCAUACCAAUCACACAAUCGUUUGUGAAUACAAGGCACGUGUACGCAUUUGAGGGUUUCUACAUCUACCUAUACGUGGUCAGCAUCAUCUUCCUCGUCUACGUCUAUGCCUACUUGCUCAGGAGGAAGAAACUCAAAACGGACCUGUUGACGAAAACGCUGACCCAAUCAAUUUCCUUCACAAGAGGAUGGGCCAAGACCUUUACCAAGACUGAUGACUACCCUUCAGCGAGAGGCAAACGGAGGAGACAUAUCUCUGUAACUGUGUCCCCACAUACAGGAAGUUUCUACUUACGCCUGGGUGCCGUCGGUUUCGGUAUUGGGAGCAUGAUCCAUAGUGGCCUUCACUUCGGGCAAUUCCUGGUGUUUGAGCAAGAUCUCUCCCACUGUUUCAGCAUCGUGGAGUCAGCCGAACCCUUUCUUCACCUUAUUUUUACAUUCACGCAACUUUACUUCAUAUUUCUCAAUUCGAAGAUGUGCAUCCAUCGUUACAAAAUCCUUGCUCGCUUUGGUCUAAUGCACAUGUGUGCUGCGAAUGUGUGUGUCUGGUUCAGGAGUAUCGUCGUGGAGACGCUGCACACAAUACACGCACACAAUCAUGGUCAGCAUAACGAGAGUCAUCACCGCGACUACCACGCUGACCAGACAGUAAGCUAUGACACAAACGGUCAUGCCAAUGAUUCUCUGUGGGAUGAGGAGAACGGAACUCUCACACAUGGGAGAGCACUUCAAGCAGCAUCAACCUCGACGUCAGCUGGAGAUGUCUGUCCCCAGAAAACUAUGAUGACUGAGCUUGUCGAGUCAUCUGGUCCGUACCUGUAUCCAUGUACUAUUGAGUACAGCCUGAUGUGUGCAGGCAUUCUAUACGUGAUGUGGAAGAAUGUUGGACAUCGACGGAGGAGAAGCCACUCCGACUCUGAUGACGAAGAUGAAGACGAAGAAUCUAUGAACCAUCAGAGGAUGAGUGUAGACUGUGCAGGGUCCAACCGAGGCUUGUUUCUCGGCAUCCUUCUAACGGUUGGGUCCAUCAUCUCAAUCAUAGCCUUCUACGUUCUUGCGGCUGAGGAAGCCAUGUCGAGCACUGCCAUCAUCAUGACACAUCUCUCUGGCACGUGCAUGUACCUGGUCACCUCUGUAGCUCUUGUCAUUGCUGCCCAGAAGAUGAAACACCAUCGCUUCCACUCAGAACACAAGGGUGACCUGGAGGACACACUGAUUCUCAUUUCCCACACUGGAUUGUUGUGUUUCUCAAUCUUCAGUCUCGUUGCUGCCAUCUUACAUCCGUACGACGAAAGGAGUGCCUUGACGAUUCUUUCCAAUAUAAUGAUGAUGGUACAGGCUUCUAUGCAGACAAUAUUUAUUAUGGCGGGAGAUCGGAUGACUGCUGCAACUCCUGCACAAGUUAGGAAGAAACCUGGUCGGGAGUUGGUAACCUUUCUGCUUCUGUGUAACUUCGCCAUGUGGGCAAUGAACACCUUUCAAACACAGAAGCCCAAACAUAACCCUAUUCAGGUGGAAUUCUAUGGACAUGAAGCAUGGGCCAUAUUUACCAAUAUUUCAGUACCCAUGGGCAUCUAUUAUCGAUUUCAUUCCUCGGUGUGCUUAUCAAAUAUCUGGAAAAAUGCAUGGAAGAUGAAGAGACACAUUUGA